AUGGGAAUCACAAAAUUACAUGGACUGGCUAUUCUAGUGACAGCAGGAAUCACUGGAGCGAUCUGGUACCAUCACCCUCUCUCCCCAGCCAAUGACCAGGAACCCACAGACUCCUCUGAAGAGGCUAUAUUGCUACACACAGACUUAAACGAAACAUCUCCAAUGCUUCCACGGAGGCGGGAUGUACUUGUGUUGACACCCUGGUUGGCUCCAAUUGUCUGGGAAGGCACGUUCAAUAGAGACAUCCUAAAUGCCCAAUAUAUGCAGAAGAACCUGGUCACUGGAGUGGUCACUUUUGCUGUUAAAAAAUAUGUCCAGUUUGUAGAAGGGUUCAUGAGCUCUGCCAACAAGUACUUCCUUGCUGGGCAUCACGUGAACUUCUACUUGUUCACAGACAAUCCUGAGCAGAUAUCUCACCUUCAGAUGGCCCCUGAGAAUCAUCUUUUUGUCAUCCCUGUCCAGAAUCACUCACGAUGGCAAGAUAUCUCCAUGAGCCGUAUGGAUAUCAUCAGCAGAUAUAUUCACAGCCGAUUCCAGUAUGAGGUUGACUAUCUCUACUCCAUAGACAUUGAUGUCCAGCUAUUUGAACACAUUGGUGUGGAGAUUAUUGAUACACUGGUGGGGACCAUCAGCUCCUGGCAGUACACCGCACGUCGUGAGAGCAAAUCAUAUGAGACACGCACUGAGUCACAAGCUGCUAUCCCUAAGGGAGAAGGGGACUUCUAUUAUACAGCAAGCUUCUACGGGGGAAGUGUGGCUGAGGUCUACAAACUGACCAGAGCCUGUUUUAAAGGGGUCAUGGAGGACAGAGAAAAUGGCAUUGAAGCUAGGUGGCAUGAUGAGAGCCACCUCAACAAGUAUCUCCUGUAUCACAAGCCCACGCGCCUGCUCUCCCCAGAGUACUACUGGGAUGAAGAGCUAAGCCGGCCCCGCAUCAUCCAAGUGAAGAGGAUGUGCUCUGUGCGCAAUGGCAGCAAGAAGAAAGCUAAAGAAAGCAAGAAAGAAAACAGGUCAUCAGUGUCAAGACAGUGA